AUGCUAUGGACAGCUGUGUUACAGAGGGAGGGCAUUACGUGGUCUGCUCCAGAAUCAGUUUCGACAUUGCUGGCUGAAUGGAGUCUGUUACGCAAAAAUACCUCAAGAAUUUUGUGGGAUUUGAUUCCUUAUGCAUUAUGCUGGGAGAUAUGGAUGGCUCGGAAUAAUGUGAUUUUCCAUGAUAAACUUUUUGAUGCAGAAGCCAUUUGGGAGUCUCAUGUAUUUUUAUUAUUUACUUGGAUAAGAGCUUGGUGGCAAGAUUGUCCUUAUGAUGCAAAUCAGUUUGCAAGGGGUUUCACAAAAAUUGAUUUACAUGCCACGGGUAGUGUGCGGCCUGUCAUAACUUGGAAACCACCUCAAGGAACGACUUUGAAAUUCAAUGUGGAUGGUUCUUUCCAAUCAGGAAGAGCAGGCAUUGGGGGGAUUUUGAGGAAUAAUGCGAGGAAGGUGAUUGGGAAAUUUUCUAGAAAGGUGGAGGUAAAACGAGCGGAUGAGGCGGAAGUUUUGGCAAUCUUGUAUGCCUUAUUAUUUUUUCAGCAGUUCAUGGUAUGCUCGGUAGAAAUUGAGAGUGACUCAAGUCUUGCUGUGGAUUUGAUUUCUGUUAUGUUGUUGUUGCUGCUGUUGUUGUCUCUGCUGUCUGUUUUGCUGAUUGUUGUUGCUGCUGUUUUGUCUGGAUGCUGUUUCUGGUUGUUGUUUCGCAUGGAUGCUGUCUUUGUUUGCUGUUUACAUGUUACAGAAAAUUUAGAAUGCUGCUCUUUUUACUGUAUACGAAUUUCAGCUGUUGUUUGGGCUAAUUUUCUUGCUUUCUAG